AUGGACCCGGGCCCGGGGGACGCGGUGGCAGAAGGUCCACCCGCCGCGCCUCGGCCCCGCCGCCGCCGCUCCCUGCGCCGCCUGUUCAGCCGCUUCCUGCUGGCACUGGGCAGCCGCUCCCGCUCCGGGGAUUCACCGCCUCGGCCCCAGCCUCAGCCUCAGCCUCAAUCCCAGCCGGGAUACUGCGAUGGCGAUGGUGAGGGGGGCUUUGCCUGCGCCCCGGGAGCUCCGGCUUCAGGCGCUCCGGGGAGCCCCGGGGAGGAGCACCCGCCCGGCUCCCAGCCCCAGUUCGCCGGGGACGACGGGGCGCGGCCGCCGGGAGCGCAGGGCUUGAAGAACCACGGCAACACCUGUUUCAUGAACGCUGUGGUGCAGUGUCUCAGCAACACGGACCUGCUGGCCGAGUUCCUGGCGCUGGGGCGCUACCGGGCGGCGCCGGGCAGCGCCGAGGUCACGGAGCAGCUGGCGGCGCUCGUGCGCGCGCUCUGGACGCGCGAGUACACGCCCCAACUUUCCGCCGAGUUCAAGAACGCUGUUUCCAAGUAUGGCUCGCAGUUCCAAGGCAACUCCCAACAUGACGCCCUGGAGUUCCUGCUCUGGCUGCUGGACCGCGUGCAUGAGGACCUGGAGGGCUCGUCCCGAAGAGCUGCCUCCCAGAAGCUGCCUCCUCAAGCCAGCAAACCCUCUGAGAACCUCCUGGCGUCAUCCCCCCAGCUUCCUCCAGGCCAGAGCUUUGUGCAAAGCCACUUCCAAGCCCAGUACAGGUCUUCCUUGACUUGUCCACACUGCCAGAAACAGAGCAACACGUUCGAUCCGUUCCUGUGCGUGUCCCUGCCCAUCCCCCUGCGUCAGACGAGAUUCUUGAGCGUCACUUUGGUCUUCCUCUCCAAGAGCCAGCGGUUCCUGCGGGUUGGCCUGGCUGUGCCUAUCCUCAGCACAGUGGCAGCUCUGAGGAAGAUGGUAGCAGAAGAAGGCAGCGUCCCGGUAGAUGAGGUGAUCUUGGUUGAACUGCACCCUAGUGGAUUCCAGCGGUCUUUCUUUGAUGAUGAGGACCUGAAUACCAUUGCAGAGGGCGACAAUGUGUACGCCUUCCAAGUCCCUCCGUCGCCUGGCCAAGGGACGCUGUCAGCUCACCCACCGGCUCUGUCGGUCUCGCCACGCCUGGCAGCCCGUGAGGGUCCGCGACAGUCCCUGCUUCUCCACAGUGAGAACAAGGUGCUAAUCCUCCUCUGUAACUUGGUAGGGUCAGGGCAGCAGGCUAGCAGGUUCGGGCCGCCUUUCCUGAUAAGGGAAGACAGAACCGUUUCCUGGGCCCAGCUCCAGCAGUGUAUACUCAAUAAGGUCCGCUGCCUCAUGAGGAGUGAGGCCCCCGUGCAGAAUCUGGGGUCUCUCUUCUCCGUCCGGGUUGUGGGCCUCUCCCUGGCCUGCAGCUACCUGUCCCCACAGGACAGUCGGCCCCUCUGUCACUGGGAAGUGGACAGGGCUCUGCAUCUGCGCCGGCCAGGAGGCCCCCCACACAUCAAGCUAGCCGUGGAGUGGGACAGCUCUGCCAAGGAGCGCCUGUUUGGGAGCAUCCCCGAGGAGCGGGUCCAGGAUGCUGACAGCGUGUGGCGGCAGCAGCAGGCCCACCAGCAGCACAGCUGUACACUGGAUGAGUGUUUCCAGUUCUACACCAAGGAGGAGCAGCUGGCCCAGGACGACGCGUGGAAGUGCCCGCACUGCCAGGUCCCCCAGCAGGGCACAGUGAAGCUGAGCUUGUGGACGCUGCCGGACAUCCUCAUCAUCCACCUCAAGAGGUUCUGCCAGGUCGGGGAGAAGAGGAACAAGCUCUCCACGCUCGUCAAGUUUCCGCUCUCUGGACUCAACAUGGCUCCCCACAUGGCCCAGAGCAGCAGCGCGGGCCCCACGCCGCCGGGCCCGGGCCCCUGGCCCUCCUGGAAACAGCCAACCUGCCUGCCCACCACCUACCCGCUGGACUUUCUCUAUGACCUGUACGCUGUCUGCAACCACCACGGCAGCCUGCAAGGUGGGCAUUACACAGCCUACUGCAGGAACUCCCUGGACGGUCGCUGGUACAGCUACGACGACAGCACCGUGGAACCUCUCCGGGAAGAUGAGGUCAGCACCCGGGGGGCCUACAUCUUGUUUUAUCAGAAGCGCAACAGCAUCCCGCCCUGGUCAGCCAGCAGCUCCAUGAGAGGCUCCACCAGCUCCUCCUUAUCCGACCACUGGCUCAUGAGGCUCGGGAGCCUCAACAGCAGCACCAGGGGAAGCCUGCUGUCCUGGAGCUCCGCCCCCUGCCCCUCACUGGCCCGGGUCCCCGACUCUCCUGUGCUCACCAACAGCCUCUGCACUCAGGACAAAGGAGGAUUGGAGGCCAGGCCUUGGAGUCGAGGCACCUACACCAGGAGCACCAGCGUGAAGACGCCUGCCGCCUCCCGGACCAAGCACGGGCCCUUCAAGACCAUGCCUCUCCGAUGGUCCUUCGGGCAGAGAGAGAAGCGAGCAGGGACCUCAGCUGAGCUGGUCGAGUACCUGGAGUCCAGACGCCGGCCUCGGUCCACCAGCCAGUCCAUCGUGCCGCUGCUAACUGGCGCUGCUGGCGGGGACGAGAAGUCAGCCUCGCCCCGAUCCAAUGGCACCCUUUCUGUCGAAGCCAGCGAGAAGGGUCUGCCCCUGGUGCCCUGUCCCCCGGGUCAUCCCUGUCCAGAUCCAAUCCCUGCCAACACAGCAAGGAGACUAAAGGAGAACGUGAGUCAGGACAUUAGACUCCCCAGAAAGUUUGAUCUGCCGCUCCCCGUCAUGCCCUCCAUGGAGACGGAGAGACCGGCCAGGCCCGAGGGCCAGAGGAGCGCCAACUGGAAGGGGAGUGGCCACAUGCGGAGCCACAGUAGCCCUUCCUCUCCCUCUGGGACACUGUCCCGAAACAGCAGGGAUCCCACUGCCAAAGCCAGGGCGACUGCCACGGGGGACUCGGAGCGGGAUAGAGUCCCUCAGGGGACACUCACCCUACUGAGGUCUGUGUUUUGGAAGAAGGAGACGAGGAAGAUGCACAAAGAAGAGGGCUCCCCGCCCCCAGGGAGUGGCAGGCUGAGCCCCGCCACUGCCACCCUGGAUCAGCAGGCUGGAGGCUCGUCCCCUGCCCUCAGGGUCCAGGAGAGCCUAGCCAGGGACGUCCAGUCUGCGCCCAGCUCACUCCACCUCCCUCGCAAGACCAGCAGGCCUCCCGUGAGAGGUGGCGCCCUGGGUGUGGCACACAGGCUUGUCCCUGGGGAGCAGACCCCCUGUGGCACCUUGCAGAAGGUCAAGUAUCACACCCUUUCCUUAGGGCGGAAGAAGACCUUGCCCGAGUCCAGCUUCUGA